CAGAUCAACUCUUUGUUUCCCACGUGUUCACAUGGGGCCGUGGAAAUGUCUCUGAAACGCGUGAGCAGCGCGUUGAGCCGCUCGCUGUGGAGCAGGAGGAGCAGGAGCCCUGCGGUCAGCGGCUGCUCCUCCGUGCACAGGCUGUCGGGAGCAGCAGGAGCAGCAGGAGGAGGAGCAGGAGCAGGAGGAAGCUCCAGCUCCGACCCGGACAGGCCCGGUGCAGACGUGCCCUCGUCCACGGAGCCUCCCGGGGCAAAGAAGCGACCCAAGGGGCCCGUGGGCGCCCCUGGUGUCGGUGCCGUGAGGAGGCGGUCGUACACCUCCACCGCAGCUCCGGUGGACAAGAGGUCUUAUCUGUGGGCCCGGUACAAUGACCUGAGGCGGCUGGUUCACGACCUGAUCCCCCCCGGUGCGUGCAACCUCCUCAACUCCUCCACCAUCUACGCCAACAACGAGGUCAGCCUGGCCGAGGUGGACAUCUAUGGCUUCGACUACGACUACACACUGGCCCUGUACUCGAACGCUCUCAACACGAUGAUCUACAACACGGCACGGAGCUUUCUCAUCGAACACUUCAAGUACCCUGAGGGACUCCGCAAGUACGACUACAUUCCCAACUUUGCUGCUCGGGGUCUUCACUACGACAUCCAGAAGGGUCUUCUGAUGAAGAUUGACGCCUUCCACUACAUUCAGCCUGGAACUGUGUAUCGCGGCCUGAGUCCUGUGCCAGACGAGGAGGUCCUUCAGCUCUAUGGAGGAACCUACCACGUCCCCCUGCAGCAGGACAGUGGCUUCUAUGGGAAGGGACCGAAGGUGAAGCAGUUCAUGGACAUCUUCUCCAUCCCCGAGAUGACUCUCUUGGCCGUGGCAAACGAUUUCUUCAUCACCAACAACAUAGAAUAUGAUCCAGUUCACCUCUUCAAGGACGUCUCCGAAGCAAUCGGCAUGGUUCACCUCAAAGGCUACAUGUACAAGUGGGUGAUGCAAGAUCUGGAUAAGUUCAUCCAGCGAGGAGAGGAGACGGACGCCGUUCUGCACCAACUCGUCAGGGACGGAAAGAAACUGUUCCUCAUCACCAACAGUCCCUUCAGCUUCGUGGAUAAGGGAAUGACAUACAUGGUGGGGAAGAACUGGAGAGACUUCUUCGACGUUGUCAUCGUGCAGGCAGACAAACCGCACUUCUUCACCGACUGCAUCAAGCCUUUCCGACGCCUGGAUGAUAAAGGAGACCAGCGAUGGGACAAGAUCACAAGUUUGGAAAAAGGACAGAUCUACAAACAGGGAAACUUGUUUGACUUUCUCCGGCUGACGGGGUGGAGAGGAUCAAAAGUCCUUUACUUUGGAGACCAUCUCUACAGUGACCUGGCUGACCUGAUGCUGCGGCACGGCUGGCGUACGGCCGCCAUCGUACCCGAGCUGGAGCAGGAAACCAAAGUGGUGAGCACAGACCGCUACGCUCUGAGCCUCACGUGGCUCCAGGCUCUGACCGGCCUGAUGGAGCGUCUGCAGAUUCAUCGGGACCUUGAGUCGAAACAGGUUUUUCAGGAAUGGCAGAAAGAACGAGAGGAACUCAGGAUCAUGACGAAGAACUUGUUCAACCCUCAGUUCGGCAGCAUCUUCCGGACGUGUCACAACCCCACCUACUUCUCCAGGCGCCUGUGUCGUUUCUCAGACAUCUACAUGGCGUCCGUGAGCUGUCUUCUGAACUACGACCUCUCGUACACCUUCUACCCGCGGCGCACGCCCCUGCAGCACGAGGCUCCUCUGUGGAUGGAUCAGCUUUGCACCGGCUGCUUGAAGACGCCGUUCCUGGAGGAGAUGUCUCACAUUCGAUGAGAACCUCCCUCUCCUCAGAUACUGACUGAUUUCUUAAUGUAGGACUGGUGAACUCUUGAGAUGAAUUUUCAUAAAGCAGGGUUUCCGUUUUUUGCUGAGAAGGUGACGCACAACUUCCUCCACAGCAUUCCCCUUCCACUGAAACCCCUUUAAACCGAGAAGAACCUUUUAAGAACCAUUAAAAUGUUCCAUGGGCUAGAGCCACGUCAUUACAUCACUGUAGACACCAACCUCUAAGACUAUAGCAUCUCUUAUUAGUUUCAUCAACCCAAUAAAUCUACAGACUACAUAAGUCUAAACAGGCUGCAUUUAUCAAGCACUGCUCGAGUCUUGAUGAUCACUCAUAGGGCUUCACGGUACAGUUUUACCCUCCACCCAUUCACACACACAUUCAUACAGUGCAUCUGUGUGCACGCAUGCAUCAAUCACACACUGCCGGCACAGACAAUAGAGGCAAUUUGGGGCUCAGUAUCUUGCCCAAGGGCGCUUUGUCACGCGGAAAGGGGAAGUCAGGGAUCGAACCGCCGUGUUUCUUGUUAGUGGACAAAGCCACAGCCGCCCCACAUAGCUCUGUUUUAGAUAUAUAAUGCUUGGUGGGAAAGGGGGGAAACAGUGACCCACUUACAAAGGGAAUGCACUAGGGGGUGCUGUAGAUUUACUGAUCUCCAGAGAGAAUGCAGUUCAUGUUACAUGUUGAGGCACAAGACUGACAGUCUCUGGUUUUCUAAGUAUUAUGGAUCUGCUGAGCAAUAAUGACGCUAAUGUCGCACAACUACAACAAAUAAAAAAGUAAAAUCUGAA